AUGUAUAUGAUACUGGUAACAGCAGGAUUCACCACUGGAAUGCUUGGGAAUGUGUUCAUUGGAUUGGUAAACUUUUCUGACUGGGUCAAGAACCAGAAAAUCACCUUCAUCAACUUCAUCCUGAUCUGCUUGGCAGUUUCCAGAAUCAGCUCUCUGCUUGUGGUAUUUGUUGAUGCAACCAUACUACAAGUAGCUCCUCAUUCCUACGAUUCUUACAGUCCAGCAAAAUGCUCUGAUCCAUUAUGGAUUGUGACUGAUCAACUGUCUACAUGGUUUGCCACCUGCCUCAGCAUUUUCUACUUCCUCAAAAUUGCCCACUUCUCCCAUCCCCUUUUCCUCUGGUUGAAGUGGAGAAUGAGAAUUGUGGUUGUUAUCUUUCUUGUGUUUUCUUUGCUCCUACUGAUUUUUCAUUUUCUACUGCUUGAAGCACUUCCUAUUUUGAGGGAAAUUUACAUAAUCACUAGAAGUAAUCUGACUUUAUUUUCAGAUACAACCAAGGUUAUUGCUGUUAAAACCCUAAUUGCUUUUGACCUGAUGUACUUGGUCCCAUUUUUUGUGUCCCUGGCAUCAUUGUUCCUUUUAUUUUUGUCCUUGGUGAGACACUCCAGAAACCUCCACCUCAUUUCCACCAGCUCUGAAGAUUCUAGAACGAAGGUCCACAAGAAGGCCAUGAAAAUGCUGUUGUAUUUCCUCAUUCUUUUUAUACUUCAUAUUUUUUUCAUGCAGCUGGCACAUUGGUUUUUUAUUUUUUUCCCAAACAACAGGUCAAGUAAUUUUGUUUUGUUGACAUUAAUUAUCUUUCCUUUGAGCCACUCAUUUAUUCUGAUUGUGGGAAACAGCAAGCUUCGGCAGACAGCAGUGAGCUUUCAGCGUCUUACAAGCCAGGUUCGAGAGGUGAUCAUCUCCCUUCAGAGAUUCUUGGAGUCUUUUACUAAGUCACUGUUCUUCUGCUGGGUUUUUUUAAGUACUGAUGAACAUAUAUGA